AUGAGCACACGAGAAGAGUUGGCCGAUACCAUCGCCGUCGCGCUGCGUGGCGAAGACCAGUUCGGCUACACCGACAUCAGCGACCUCGGUGACGCCGUCCUCGACAGCCGUUACGACCUACUCGCAGUCGCCGACGCGGUCCUCGCCGACUACCAGCCCAAGCUUCGCACGGUCACGACCGAAGCCGAAUUGGAUGCGCUGCCGAACAUGACCGUUGUCAUGGACAACUGCGACGACGUGGCACAGAAGCGCGGCGGCCAAUGGUGCGGAUACGAGACCGCCGACCUCACCAGCAAACAGAUCGCCAACAUGAGCACUUACCUCGAAGAACUCGCCACUCUCGCCGCGAAGAUCGGCGACGACAACGCGAAAGCCACCCUCGACUUGGGUUGGAUUGGGCCGCAGGAACGGGACGCCCUCGUCGACGCCGCACAGCAGGCCCGGAAGCAGUUGGAUAAGGCCCGCACUGACCUGCAACAGGCGCAGAUGACCGCGAACACCAGCAACAUCAGCCAACGGGACUUCAGCAAGCUCGUAG